GAGGUCACAGAGGGACAGAGAGAUUGAUAUAAGGUGUGCGUGUAAUGUCACAGCAAAUGUAAAACGAAGCGGAAGACAAAGCCGGCUCCUUGCAGUCUCUGUUUAAUUUGCAAUUAUUUCUUUUUGGCUCUCUGUUUCUCUUUGUUAUCGUUGUUGGUGGUUUUUCAUGAAACUUGGAUUCGCUCGCUUUGUCUUUUCUCUUUGGACGUCUUCUUUUUCUGCCAAUCUAUCGUCGUCGUUCCCAAGCUGAUCGGAGAGAGCGAGAGAGGCCCAGAAUUUUGGACGUGUUGUGAUGGGGAUUUGGGGGAUAAUUGGAUUGGAAUAUGAACCGGUAGAUUGAGUUUGGAUACAUCUGGUGUUAUUUUUUGUUUUGGAGAGAAAAAAACGCUUUUCUAUUUGAUUUGGGGAAAUGGGUUGCUUUUCGUGUUUUGAUUCGAAGGAGGAUGAGAAGCUGAAUCCCGCGAAAGAAAGCAACGAUCGAAAGCAAGGCCAGCCCACGAUCUCCUCUAACAUUUCCGGAUUGACUUCUGGAGCUGACAGACUCAGAUCAAGAAGCAAUGUAGUGUACAAAAAGGAAUUACCGGGUCCCAAGGAUGGGCCUGGUGGAAAUAUUGCUGCUCAAACGUUCACUUUUCGUGAGCUCGCAGCCGCAACAAAGAAUUUCAGGCCAGAGUCUUUCUUAGGGGAAGGGGGGUUUGGACGUGUAUAUAAGGGCCGGCUUGAGAGCACUGGUCAGGUUGUUGCUGUUAAACAAUUGGAUAGAAAUGGUCUUCAGGGUAACCGCGAGUUUCUGGUGGAGGUUCUUAUGCUUAGCCUUCUACACCACCCUAACCUAGUGAAUCUGAUUGGCUAUUGUGCUGAUGGGGACCAGCGGCUUCUUGUUUAUGAAUUUAUGCCGUUCGGUUCUCUAGAAGAUCACCUUCAUGAUGUUCCACCUGAUAAGGAACCACUAGAUUGGAACAUGAGGAUGAAAAUAGCUGCUGGUGCAGCUAAAGGUUUGGAGUAUCUGCAUGACAAAGCAAAUCCUCCUGUUAUUUAUAGGGAUUUCAAGUCAUCCAACAUAUUAUUGGAUGAAGGAUAUCAACCAAGGCUUUCUGAUUUUGGGCUUGCAAAGCUUGGUCCCGUUGGGGACAAGUCACAUGUUUCCACCAGGGUAAUGGGCACUUACGGAUACUGUGCUCCUGAGUAUGCCAUGACCGGACAAUUGACAGUGAAGUCUGACGUUUACAGCUUUGGGGUGGUCUUUUUAGAGCUGAUUACUGGACGUAAGGCCAUUGAUGGCAGCCGACCCCAUGGGGAACAGAAUCUUGUCACAUGGGCACGUCCAUUGUUCAAUGACCGUAGAAAAUUUUCAAAAUUGGCAGAUCCACUGCUGCAAGGGCGGUAUCCAAUGCGAGGGCUCUACCAGGCUCUAGCUGUGGCAUCCAUGUGCAUCCAAGAGCAGGCUGCCACUCGUCCUCUCAUCGGGGAUGUUGUCACUGCCCUCUCCUAUCUGGCAAACCAGGCAUAUGACCCUAAUACACCUGGGCAUGGCCACAGAGGUUCUGGUGAGAAGGAUGAAAGAAGAAGCAGAGAAGAGAGAAUUGGAAGGAUAUUAAAGAAUGAGGAAGGUGGAGGAUCCGGUCGCCGGUGGGACUUCGAAGGGUCCGAGAAAGAUGACUCACCGAAAGAAACUGCAAGGAUGUUAAACAGGGAUUUAGAUAGAGAACGAGCCGUUGCUGAGGCGAAGAUGUGGGGAGAGAAUUGGCGAGAGAAAAGACGACAAGGUGCACAAGGCAGUUUUGAUGGUAAUAAUGGGUAGUGCCAGUGUACUACGAAAGGGGCACCAUGAGGAAGGAGAAAUGUUGGAAUCUGAUGUUUCUUUUAGCCUUUUCAUCCCAAUGAGUGAGAGAGAUGGGGGGGAGGGUAAUUGUAUGCCGUAUGGUGCCAAAACAUGUUUUCUAAUUUAUUCCUUUUUUCAAAA